AUGGCUGCCGUGGACGUCCCCUAUCAUCUCGUCAAAGCCUGUCGUGGCAUCAUCUUUGCCGCCCGUGGCAGCGACAUACAUUCUUUUAACUCCUCUUUUGAGCACAUCUCAACGUGGAAGUACCCUUCUGCCAAGGGUGAGACUCAAUCUGAGGCCCAGUCGUCUCCAGCUCCUGAGGGCCCGCCGGCCAAGCGCAGAAAACUUGAGGAGGGAGAAGAGCCUGCAUCGAAUGGACGAGAAGCUAGCUCUGCCAAUGUCAAUGGUCAGGGGAAGCCCAAGGGCUGGCAGGACUCCAACCCAGCGCUUGAGACGCCCUGGAUCCAGGGGUUGUACAUCACCUCAGACGGCCAUCACGUCGUGGCCAUCACCAACUCCGACAAGACCAUCUGGGUAUUUGAGCAUGACGGCGCCGGCAAUCUGAAGCAGCUGAGCCAAAGACCAAUGCCAAAACGCCCCUGCGCCCUCGCCAUUAUGCCCGACGACCGCGUCCUUCUCUCAGCCGACAAGUUCGGCGACGUCUACGCCCUCCCGCUCACCCCAUCUGACCACCUGCCGAUCCCCUCCCAGCACACUCUCAUCUCCCGCAGCGUCACCCCCGGCACUCCCUCUACGACCGGCGGCUCAACCCCGAUCCCCCGUCUCAAAGCCGACGAAACGGUUGUCCACACCAAGCGCAACCUCAAGGCCCUCGAGAACCAGAAAAAGGCCGCCCUCGAGCGCAAGCAGCCCAUUGCGCAGGACAACCGCCCGCAGUUCGAGCAUGCAUUGUUGUUGGGCCAUGUGUCGAUGUUGACAGCCAUCUGCGUCGCGCAGGCGACUUCGCCUGUGGACGGCAAGACGAGGACGUACAUCCUGACGGGCGAUCGGGACGAGCAUAUCCGUGUGUCGCGGGGCGCGCUAGCGCAGGCACAUGUUAUUGAGGGGUUUUGCAUGGGGCAUGAGGAGUUUGUGAGCCGGUUGUGUAUGGUCAAGCCGGCGAGUGGGCAGGGGAAUGAUGUGCUAGUUUCAGGUGGCGGUGAUGAUGACUUGUAUUCGUGGGAUUUGGUGCAUAAUAAGCUGGUUGGCAAGGCACCGUUGCUGCCCAGGGUGCAGGAGGUUGUUGGGGAGGAGGCGAAUAAGUUAGCUGUGACGAGGAUCGUGGCACAAAAGGAUGAGAAGGGAAGUUGGGUGUGGGUUAUUUGCGAGCGCGUCCCUGCGCUCUUCCGCUACCAGCUUCAGGAAGACAGCACCCUGCGGCACAGCGAGACUAUCAAGAUCCCUGGUAACCCGUUGGAUGUUGCGAUCUUAGGCACCUCAUCCUCAACCCGGUUACUGGUUGCUAUGGAGCCAAGUGAACAAGGCUUUUCAUCCCUACUGGUAGUUGAGAAGGCUUCUGAAGGAGAAACAGACUGGAAGCAGACUCCAGUCCCAAAUCUGCCCGAGGGUUCGGCUCCUGGUGGUGUUAAAAUUGGCGCUGAAGAACUGCGCAAGAUCUUAUACACAACCGAGAGCUUGCGCAAGCUGACAGACUUUGAUUAG